AUGGCCGCCGACCAUGAGACGCCCCGGACGGUUCCUCCUUGGGUGCGCUCUGCCCACAACGACUCCUCCGACGAGCUCCGCCUCGACACCCAGGUGACGCCGCUGUUGCUACCCAAGACGCCCCAGACCGUCCGUCCUGCCUCGCACAACUCGCAUCCCUCUCCUCGCCCUGGCGCUGCCGCCGGCCGCCGUUUCGACCAUGCUCGCGAAGCCGCCCCGCCGAUUCCAAACGCCUCUCCGGUCGAGACAGCAUCGCGCUGGCGUGCAUUUGCUCUUGCCUCCAAAUAUCCCGACCCGCCCCAGUCGUCCGCUCACCGUGAGGUGGCCUCGCCGGAAUGGAUCCGUGACAACUUCAACGACCUGGACUCGCCGUGGGAGCCGGACGAGGCGAUGGAGAUGGAUACGGAAAAGCAGCCUGGGUUCUGGUUGUUUAGCCAUGCAAAGCGGAAGAGCCGUCUCCGCAAGUUCCAUCGUAUUCUUAUGCGGAAUCCCUAUAUCCCGCUCGUCAUUCGUCUUACCGUCCUCACCUUCUCCGCUGCAGCUCUGGGCAUCUCAGGCCGUAUCUUCCACCUCACCAACCGCAGUAGCUGUGACGCUGGUUCGUCAACCUAUAUGGCCAUCAUCGUUGACGUGAUCGCUAUUGUCUACCUUUGCUACAUCACCUACGACGAGUAUACAGCCCAGCCGCUUGGCUUGCGCAACCCCAAGUCCAAGUUGCGUCUUAUAUUCUUUGACCUGCUCUUUAUUGUCUUCGAUUCUGCAAAUCUGAGUAUUGUAAGAUUACCCCGCAUCCGUCUCGAUUUCAACAGAAUUAACGGAUUGCCAAGGCUUUUCAAUCUCUGA